UCCCCAGUGCCUGUUGGAGGGCUCCCCACCCCCACGAGGAGGCUACUCCUGUGCCCUCGAUGUAGCUCCGACAUGGCGAUGCCAUAGGAGACCACGCAGCAGGGCCGCGGGACGCGCAGGCUGCUGAAGGAUGACCAGUGAAGAAGAAUUCUUUGACGCCGUCACAGGCUUUGAUUCUGAUCACUCUGGGGAGUUUUCCGAGGCGAGCCAGAAGCUCCCUGGAGGGCUUUCUUUGGACACCAGCACAAGUCAGAGGGUCAACAAAACCCAGGAAAGGCCUUCCCAAGAGAAUGGACUUCACACACACAGGACAUGCCUGCCCGCCCCCACGUUCACCAGGAGCGACUUCAGCGUGUGGAGCAUCCUGAAGAAGUGCAUUGGCUUGGAGCUGUCUAAGAUCACCAUGCCCAUCGCCUUCAAUGAGCCACUCAGCUUCCUGCAGCGCAUCACGGAGUACAUGGAGCACGUCCGCCUGCUCCACACCGCCUCCCGCCAGGCACAGCCACUGGAGCGCAUGCAGACGGUGGCUGCGUUUGCCGUGUCAGCUGUGGCCUCGCAGUGGGAUCGGACCGGCAAGCCCUUCAACCCGCUGCUGGGAGAGACGUAUGAGCUGGUGAGGGAAGACCUGGGGUUCCGGUUCAUAUCAGAGCAGGUCAGCCACCACCCUCCUGUCAGCGCGUUCUACGCGGAAGGGCUGGCUCGGGACUUCAUCUUCCACGGCUCUAUCUACCCGAAGCUGAAGUUCUGGGGCAAGAGUGUGGAAGCCGAGCCCCGUGGGACCAUCACCCUGGAGCUGCUGCAGCAGAAUGAAGCAUACACGUGGAGCAACCCCGUGUGCUGUGUGCACAAUGUCAUCAUCGGCAAACUGUGGAUUGAGCAGUACGGCACCGUGGAGAUCUUGAACCACAGGACCGGGGACAAGUGUGUGCUGCAUUUCAAGUCCUGCGGGCUGUUCGGGAAGGAGUUGCACAAGGUGGAGGGGCACAUCCAGGACAAGAACAAGAAGAAGCUCUUCAUCAUCUACGGCAAGUGGACAGAGUGUCUGUGGGGCAUAGACCCUGCUGCCUACGAGUCCUUCACGAAGCAGGAGAAGAGGGGCGAGCACGUCAGAAAACCAAAGCCGGAGAGCAGUGCUGAGAAGAUGGACCGCGAUGUGGCUGACAGCGUGCCUGAGACGCAGGAGACGGUCCAGGUCAUCCCGGGCAGCCGGCUGCUCUGGCGGAUCAACUCACGGCCCCCCAACUCGGCCCAGAUGUAUAACUUCACCAGCUUCACUGUCAGCCUGAACGAGCUGCAGGCCGGCAUGGAGGAUAGCCUGGCGCCCACAGACUGCCGCCUGCGCCCCGACAUCCGCAGCAUGGAGAAUGGCCUCUUGGAUCUGGCGAGCCAGGAGAAAGAGCGCUUAGAGGAGAAGCAGCGUGAAGCCCGGCGGGCACGCGCCCGGGAGGGGACCGUGUGGCGGACCAGGUGA